UAUAACGCAGAUCUGCAAAAAGUGUUGAGUUAUACUGAGCUGAUUAAAAUGAAGAUCGCAGUUCUCCUUCUUCUGGUGUGUCUUGCAAAUCUCUGUGUUGUAUCGGUCAGUUGUUGUAAAAGGUAUGGUGAAGGCUGUUUAAGUAAGAAGUGGUGCUGUGAAGAUAAUGAUUGUGUGGUUAAUAGAAGAAGAUAUGAAGGAGAUGGUGGAGAAAAAAUAUGUUGGCCUGCAAAGUAUUAUACUGAGCUGAUUAAAAUGAAGAUCGCAGUUCUCCUUCUUCUGGUGUGUCUUGCAAAUCUCUGUGUUGUAUCGGUCAGUUGUUGUAAAAGGACUGGUGAAGACUGUGUAAGUAAGAAGUGGUGCUGUGAAGAUAAUGAUUGUGUGGUUAAUAGAAGAAGAGAUAAAGGAGAUGGUGGAGAAAAAAUAUGUUGGCCUGCAAAGUAAAAAGAAAAUGAAUGAAAGAAUCUUUAAGAAAAAAUAAACAUCUGAUUCUGGCAUUGA